CACUUUUAUUACCCAAAAAAACGUGUAUUGCAAUUUUUUCCUUUCAAAAAAAAAAAACGUAGAUCAUAUUAUGAAAAUUCAUGGGAAAAAUCUGGCACCGACACUGAAGUAGGAUCCUCAUUCAUAAACCACUAAAAACAUUGUAUGAUCUCUCAGCUAAAAAUCAAAUAUAUAUAUAUGAUCAUAGUAUGAUCUCUCAGCUAAAUAAAAAACCUUGUAUGAUCAUCCCUUCUUAUGUUGUAUCCCAUAUGUAUUUCACAUCGCUACUGUCCUACAGGUAUUCACUCAAAAUUUAAAAAAAAAAAAAAAAAAAAAGGACUUUAGGCAUGUUAAUGUAGAUCCCAUCAUUAAUCACAAUUAAAAAAAUAAUAAAAAUUAUUUCAAAUAAAAAAAGUAAAAUAUAAUAAUAACUCAUCCACAACUAAUUUAACGGUCCAUUUGAUGGGUUUCCUCUUUUCAGAGUUGUUGUUUUUUUUUUUUAAAUAUAUUUUAAGUGGACUUUUUGAGAUUUAUACAUAAUUUUUUAGAUUUUAGACUUUUCAACCAUUAUCUCUAUCAGAGGUAUAAAUGAAACAAUGGAAUGAGAAUGACAUUUUUGAAACUAAAAAAUUUGAAUCAAACUUUAAAACAGACGGAUGAAAUUAAUCAUUCUUUCAUUUGUUAAUAAGAAUAUUAAAAGGCUAUAGGUUAGCCUACCUUUGCAACCUAGGAAUGGUAGAUUGUUUUUCAAAUGGAAAAAAAUGGGUUUCCAGUGGCAUUUAUUGAUUCAGAACCUAUUCAGAAGCUAUUUCGAUUUCCAGAAACUAAGCUUCAUAGACAGCCUUUCAUAAAAUAUAAAGGCCUCGAAGAAAGUCUAUAUAUAUAUAUAGAGAGAGAGAGAGAAAGAGAGAGAGAGAGAGAGCAAAUAAGAGGAGAUCAAUGCCCAGGGCAUAAAGACAGAGAAAGAGAGAGAGACAGAGAGAGACAGAGAGAGAGAGCAGAAAUGGAAAGUAGUGAAGGAAAAUGCAAGAUUUUGAUAUUUGGGGGAAGUGGAUACCUUGGGAAAUACAUGGUGAAGGCAAGCAUAUUUUUGGGUCAUCCAACAUAUGUUUACUCAAGGCCUCCCACCGCAAAGACCUCUCCUUCUAAGAUAGAUUUGCUUCAUGAGUUUCAAGCCAUGGGAGUCUCUAUUAUCCAUGGAGAAUUGGAGGAGCAUGAGAAGCUGGUGAGGUUGAUUAAACAAGUAGAUGUGGUAAUUUCAGUACUGGCAUACCCUCAGGUUUUUGAACAGCUGAAGAUCAUUGAUGCUAUCAAAGUUGCUGAUAAUGUAAAGAGAUUUCUUCCAUCAGAUUUUGGAUGUGAAGAGGAUAGGGUGAAUCCCUUGCCUCCUUUUCAACAAUUUCUUGAAAAAAAAAGAAAAAUAAGACGAGCAACAGAAGAAGCUGGCAUUCCUUACACUUUUGUUUCUGCAAAUUGUUUUGCUUCUUAUUUCGUGAAUUAUUUGCUUAACCCUCAUGAAAUUCGAGACAAUAUCAACGUUUAUGGAAGCGGCAAAGCUAAUGUGGUGUUAAAUUAUGAAGAAGACAUCGCUAUGUACACUAUCAAAGUAGCAAAUGAUCCAAGAACAAGCAACCGAAUUGUUACCUACAGGCCACCAAAAAAUAUCAUAUCACAGCUCGAAUUGAUUUCACUUUGGGAGAAGAAGAUUGGUCGGAAUUUUAACAGGGUUCAUAUUUCUGAACAAGAGAUUAUCAAGCUCUCUGAAACCCUUCCAUAUCCGCAGAACGUACAGAUUUCCAUCCUUCAUGCUAUAUUUGUGAAGGGUGACUUGAUGAAUUUUGAAGUAGGAGAGGACAUUCUUGAAGCUUCAAAGCUGUAUCCAGAUUUGAAGUACACUUCAAUUGAUCAGCUUCUUGAUAUAUUUCUAGUUAACCCUCCAAAACCUGUAGUUGCUGCAUUUUGAGCGAGCCCUUCUCUUUAAAUUGGUAGUGAAUCAGUGUUUGCAUGUUGUUUUGAUAAUAUCUACUAGUAUGCAUUAUUGGCUUCUUCUUCUUUUAUUAUUAUUAUAUGUUUUAGUAGUUUUAUUAUCAUUGUCUUCCCUAAUGACUAAUUGUAAGAUUGAUUUAAUAUUAAUAUAUGUGUUUGCUUUUGGUUAA